AUGUUCCUCGACUUAUUCUCAACUAUUUCGAGUGCUCUAUCGAUCCAUCCACAGCCUCUUCGUAAUCCCGUGAUCACACCUGAACACUACGCCGCCCCACUUGUGAAAAAGAAGCGUUUAGCGAAGACGUUACUCUCAAAAAGAAAUCCCCCUUCAGUACCCUCACUACGAACCAUGGGUACCGAUACGGAAAUGAGCCCGACCGAGGUCAACCAACCAGUCACAAAGGAAGAAGUUGCGGACAUGUCUUCAUACACGGAUGUCAAGACCGAGCACGAUGGUUCAUUCGAAAGCCAAGCGUCACUCUAUAGCGAAAGAUCGAAAAGAAGACGCUAUAAAGCUAAGCGCGAUAAGAAACCUAGUGCAACGGGUAGGACAUGGACUAAGGUGGAAGAUCCUCAUGCUCCCCGCAAGCCUCGGUCAGGUUAUGUUCACUUCCUAAGUUCUCGCCGUUCCAAGUAUGGCACAGUGAAACAGGGAUGCGAUCAAAAAAGUAUCAAUGUAGCUUUAGCAGCAGAAUGGCAAAAACUCACCGAAGAAGAGCGGAAGCCUUUUCUUGAUCUUGCUGUUAAAGAGCGUCAGGAGUAUGAAGUGGAGCUGAAAGCGUACGAGAAAACGGAUCAUUACCGAGAGUUUAUGGAAAAGAAAGAGCGAAUACUAAGACUACGAAAACAACGUCGAAAGUUGGGCGUGGAUACUAAAGAAGAAUUUGAUGAGUCAUUGGACUUGGAAGACUCUUUACUGGAGGAUACCAAAAAGGAUGUUAAGGAUGUCAGCAAGGAGAAGACAUUCUCUUCCGACAAGCCAAUGAUACCUACGUUGCCGAAUUCAAAUAUACCCAUAUUUAGCUCAGAGUUCCUCGAAUACAACAAAAAUAGAGAGUCACAACUUCGAUCGAUACGGCGUGAAAUUGGUGUAGCUGAAGCUGAAAAGGAAGCGAUGCAACGAACCAUUGAGAAAAUGCAGGCGAAUAACGUUGCACUCGAAUCCCAGGCAGCCCAUGAUAAGAAAAUGGCGAAAGAAGCGGACUAUAUAAUAGAAUGUUGGAUGCGAGUACUGAAAGGCGCUAUGAGUGAAACCAUGAAAGAGUAUAAUCUUCAAAGCCCCGAGGAAACUGUAGCGUUCCUCACUAAACUCGCUAACGGUGACGCACCUAACGAGGACGUUUUGCAGGCCGUGAAAGAGGUAAUACAAAGUGCAUCAUUUUUACUGCCGAAAUAG